UUGUUUACAUUACAGUCACACGGGUCAGCGUUGUGGUGAUGAGGGGGGCCUAGUAGUGGAGAGUCUGUCCGAAAACACGUACACAUCUCGCCUGGCUGUGCGGCACAGGCGCUCUCUGCGAGACAACUUUCCAGCUCAGUCACGGUGCCACGCAGGAACAGAGGCCCACCGAGUCCACUUCUCGCAGCGACCUUGGAAAGAAAGGGAAAGGCAAAACAAAGAUAACCGCCAUAACCAUCAGGAAAAAGCCUCAGCGUGAAGAAGGAAUAGCUUAGCAACUGUCUCCCACUUCCUGAGGUGUACGGGAUCAAGCUCCUAACACCAUGGAUAUGGACACGCAGCCACAAGGACAGCAAGCAGCUGUGCCAGUGUUUCAACCCCAGGUAACCCCACACACAGACGCACACUGCAACACCAGCCAGAAGGACUUAGGAUCUGAAGUAGGCUGCAGACUAAUAUUCGACUUGAUGGAUGCCAAAGCUCGGCAAGAUUGCAUCAAAGAGAUAGAUCUCCUUAAGCAAUUGAACCAUCCCAAUGUGAUAAAAUACCACGCGUCUUUUAUUGAGGACAAUGAGCUGAACAUAGUACUGGAGCUAGCAGAUGCUGGAGACCUCUCUCGUAUGAUCAAGCACUUUAAGAAGCAGAGAAGGCUUAUCCCAGAGAGAACAGUGUGGAAGUACUUUGUUCAGCUCUGCAGUGCGCUUGAACAUAUGCACUCUCGGAGAGUCAUGCACAGAGAUAUCAAGCCAGCCAACGUAUUCAUCACAGCUACUGGAGUAGUUAAGCUAGGAGACUUGGGACUGGGGCGAUUCUUCAGCUCUAAAACAACUGCCGCUCACUCGCUGGUGGGGACUCCUUACUACAUGUCACCGGAGAGGAUACAUGAAAACGGCUACAACUUCAAAUCUGACAUCUGGUCGCUAGGAUGCCUGCUCUAUGAGAUGGCAGCCUUACAGAGUCCGUUCUAUGGGGAUAAGAUGAACCUCUACUCACUUUGUAAGAAGAUAGAACAGUGUGACUACCCCCCUCUUCCCUCAGAUCACUAUUCAGAGGAGCUGAGGAAAGUGGUAGAUAUGUGCAUCAACCCGGACCCGGAGAAGAGGCCGGACAUCACCUACGUGUAUGACAUUGCCAAACACAUGCAGAGCAUGACGCAGGGCAGCUAAGCCCAGAGUUACGCACACGAUGCCUUGCAGAACUCCACGACCUUCUUGCUUUUCAAGCUGGACUCGUCCGUCUUCAUUAAUAGAAAACUUGCUCCAGUUUCUUGUCAUCAAUAGUAACACGUUUUUUUAAUUUUCAGAGUGCUCGUUCAGUCUGUAACCUUUCCUCCCCUCGAGUAAAGAAUAUAUUAUAUUACCAGUGCAGCUCCUUUCCUAGACUUUAAUGUGUGUUGUAUCUCACCGACGUGUCGCUAUGGCUUUCAAACACGUCAUCCUGCUCACGUCAGACUGUUUCUCAGUAUACGUACUGCUAAAGCAGAGGGCGCAAUGUUCAGUAUUCAUCAACAGUCGAUCAGCGCAAAAUAUCAUUAAAUUUGACCUCGAAAGCUCUCGAUGACCUACAGUCGCCUCAGAUGGCACAAAAAAAUAAAAUUAGUGUCUAAAAACGGAGCGAAGAGACGUUCGCUCAUUGACAGCAGCUCUGCAGAGUCUAAUUACGGUUGAAGUGUUGUUGUGUUGCACUUUUUACCCUGGUACUUUAAGGCUGGCAGGGUGAUCAUGUCUAAUGAAUGUAUUAGAAAAGGAAGGAUCGUUUAGAGGGUCGACUACAGCUGUGCUGGGGGGACACGAGCAAAUGUCUCCGCAACACUUUGAAUGUAAGUCAUUGUGACGCCCAUGUAUUGUCUUUGAAAAUAUCACAGUGUGUCUUUUCUGACAGCCGAGCAGGUGAAGAAACCGUAACAGCAGCAGUGUUGACGUUCACUUCCUCACGAUACCAACGCGCUUCCCUCCAUGAUUGAACUGACGAGAGAUGAGCUGCAGUUUCGUUUGUGUCCGAGCCAUCAGGAACGUAGAUUAGCUACACAAAACUGUUAAUGUUGCAGUGUGUGUGUCUUUGAUGUAACAAUGUAACAAGUGAGAAGUUACUGAUCCAUGCUAAAAGUACAGCACAGGUAACAGCCAAUCAGAGGAGAGGAAACGGUUUAUAUGUGGGAGAGCAUCUUUAUGAUUUCUAGGCUUUACCAAAGAUUUGUACUGAGGGGGAAACAUUUAGUCGUACUGUACCUGGAAAUAAACACCAAAGAAUAACAAAGGAACCAUUAAAAUGAUCCGUUUGUGCCUUUAGAGGGAGACGACUUAAUUAGAAACAGGAAGUGGUUUACUUAACAGCGACGGUACAGCGAAGGUGUAGCCUGUAAACGAGGUUCGAUCCUGCUUUAUUUCAGUGUCUUACACGUUAGCGUCAGACUCUGUGAACUCACACGUCCUGUUUUUAAUGUUUGUUUUUAUCAACAUCCUUGUGUUACGAAGUCCGAGCUUCCAGGUCCGAGACGGCGCAGGUUAUUGUGUGUUCACGGAAAAUGUUGCAGUUAUUUGUCUGAUACUUGCAAACGCAGUGUUUGCAGUUUGUGUUUGCAGUCGUCCUAGAUUUUGUUCCUUCGUUGUUUUACGUUCCCAUGGCGAUAAAAGUGUUUCUGCUCAGUGAUUCUCUUAAAUUUUCCUCAUCUUCACCUGCAGUCUGUGUAGCACCAAAACAUUGCAGUAUUUUAGAGUUUUUAAAGGAGCUGUGGCACUGUUUUUAUUAAAUAUUUUGCUUUGAUGCUAUACAGAAUUCCUGCGCUCAGUGUUUUAGGGCCUUUUAUGCUUUUUCUGUGAAGCAUAUCUAAUUAAGGCACCUGAUCAUUUAUGUUAAAGUGCGUUUCUAACAGCAGCAGAGCGCCGCAGAUGUGGAACGAAUGUUAAUACGCAGAAACAAAGAAGUUUCUUCUGUUGGUCCUCGCACGGCGCUCGUGUUGUCUUGAUGCGACGCAUCACGGCGCUCCACUGCGCCUCUUUUAGCUUUGCCCUGUUUAUUUUCCGUGUCCUCCUCAGCAUAGUAUUGACGAGUCCAGGUGUCGGCCACCAUGCAAAGUACUGGUAAUUGAUAUUUAUUGUUUUGUUAGUUUUCUGAACAUUUCAUGUCAGAAACAUACCCGUGACACGCCUUGUAUGCAAACUCGAUGUAAUAAAGCUUUCAAAUUUCA